AUGGCUAUUGAGAAUGAUCUUUAUAAGGUCUUCCUUCGAAUGAAAGUCGGUGGGAUCCAAAGAGAACAUUAUAGAAUCCUCUCUAAAGAUCUUGGUCGGAGUAGUCAUAUGCCAAAUGUGAAUACCCCUCGAAGCCAUAGGAGAACACCCGGAAAUAAUCGAGUUGAAGCUAUAGCUAUGAGUGCUAUAGAUGGUCUAAUGAGAGGAAUAGAAGUGAUUGACAUGGGAGCUCCUCUAAGUGUUCUAGUCGACGUG